CAGUGAUCUCAAGUGGAAUAACAUGAAAAUGCUGACCGUGUUUUAUUUACUGCUGAUCCUCACAGUGGGGCGAUGCUCAGAUGAUCUGAACUUUGACAUGAAGACUGUUGGUGUUGGAGAUGAUGUGAAUUUGACGUGUACACGCCAGAGAUCAUCAGAGUUCGAAGCAACUUUUUUUUGGUUCAGGCUAGUUUCUGGAAACAUGCCUGAAUUCUUGGGAGGAACAUAUUCCUUUGAUUAUAACGGUGUUAACAAGCCACCUCGCAUGACAACAAAACAAGAACCUGGAACAUUUCUUCUGCAAAUUCAUGAGACAAAGCUCAGCGACACUGGACUUUACUACUGUAUAAAAAUAAAUGAACUUAGCCUGACGUUUUUGAAAGGAACAUUUCUGAGGAUUAAAGGACCAGAACCUGAUAUCACUGCCGUCUUUCAAGUCCCUCCAUCUGAUCCAGUCCGUCCAGGAGACUCAGUGACUCUGCAGUGUUCAGUCCUCUCUGACUCUGAGAAUAAAACCUGUCCAAGAGAACACAGUGUGUACUGGUUCAGAGCCGGAUCAGAUGAAUCACAUCCCAGUUUAAUUUACGCUCAUGGAAACAGUGGUGAUGAAUGUGAGAGGAGUCCUCAGACUCACUCUCCACAGAAAUGUGUCUACAGCUUCUCUAAGAAGGUCAGCUCCUCUGAUGCUGGGACUUAUUACUGUGCUGUGGCCACAUGUGGGGAGAUAUUAUUUGGAAAUGGAACAAAGCUGGAGAUUGAAGCCUUCAGCAGGCAGGUUUUGCAGAAUAUGGUCCUGUUUCUGUUGUGUGCUUUGGCUCUGAGUCUGAUUGUUAUCGGCUUUCUUGUUUGUGCCAUCAAGAAGAAAUCCUGUGAUUGUUGUAACGCUGUUGUCACUCUGCAAGCAAAUGUUGCAGCAGCCAGUGGUGAUCAGCAAAGUCAUCAGAGAAAUGAGGAAACUUUGGUUUAUUACACCAAACUUUGCCUGGAGGAAAGCUGGCAAGGCAGGAAGAGGAAGAGCAACAGCAGAGGAAGAGAGCAUCUAAAGUGAUGUCACAGCCUUUUUUGACAAUCUAUACACUGGAUUUGCUUAUUGAUACUCAUAUAACUUUGAUGAACCACACUGGAUGGAAAAUACAUUGUUUCAGCAGCACUGGCGCUGACAUUUCACCUCAGAAAUAAACCACAUGAUGUAAUCUGGAUAACGUAAAGGAUGUUAAAGGC